UUGGACCAUCGAAACAGACCGACUUCUACGCAAUAUUACUUUCAAGAGUGGUCUUGCUUAAAGUAGUUUGAAAUGUAAUGUAUUUGCCUUAAUCUAUGUUUGAUAUACCUUACAAAGGGCCGUCAUUUUAUAUGACCGUAUUUGUGUGAUCUCCAGUGCAAAUUCGUUGUUCUGUGGUAGUGUAGUUUGUUUGCAAUAUUUGGCAUGUAGCUGGCGGGAAGUGAAAAUGUUAUCAUAUUUAUGCCUUUACGAUAUUUUCAUCAAUUAGCCAAUGGAAGGUGUCUUUUUAACCAGGGCGUUCCCCGCUUAAUGUUUUUGAAAAUCACGGUCGAUUAAUGUGAGAAAAGUACUUACACCGGGGCUUUUUCUGAAUGGUAGCGUCCCACUGGAAGGAUCCGCUCGCUCUGACAUUUCCACCACAAUGUCUCAGUCAGAGACGUGUUGCAUUUGUGGGGUGAGGUUUGUGAGGGGGCCCAAGGGUUACAACAGGAGGAAAGUCACCACGCUGACCAGCCCCAAGACCUUCCAGCUAGUCUUUGACAUCACUCCUGAUGACUCAUCCUUCCUCUGCUGGGUCUGUCUGGGUGUGCUCAGAAGGAAAACCAAGCAGGAUGGGAAGCUUUGGACUUGGUCAGAUUUGCCAACAAAAGUUGGCAGACAUCGAAAGCCCCGUGCCGAAAUACCAAGCUCAUCCACAACAUUAUCCAAUCAAACUCCAAUUAUAACCAACCCAUCCUCGUUAUCCAUAGACGAGUGCGUUGCUUCUAAAAAAAACAAACGGAGGCCAGUUCGUCAGUGGGACGGGGAGAAAUGGACCACCUUGACAUCUCGUUCCCCAGAAUCCCAUUCAACGGCCAUCAGACGACCUCAAAAGCCCAUAGCCACAACCACACACUCCUCUUCAACACCUUCAAAUCAAGUAAAUUCCUCCACAUUAUCAAGUCAAACUUCAAAUCAGAUCAGUUCUCUGUUCUUCUUUGGAGAGAGGACAACAAAAAGACAUCCGACGGAACCCCAACCUACAACACACUCCACACUCCUGUCUCCGUUCCCCGUUGACGAAGGUAUAAGGCCCAAGAAGAAGAAGCUCCCUUUCUCCAAGACUAAGCAGAGCUAUGGGUUUGGCCCUCAUGCCAAGGCCCUGCAUUAUAUGCACAGCCACCAGCACCUGAAGGCCUUCAGGUCCCUGAUGAAGACCAAAGCUAGAGAAGCCAUGACUAUUUUCCUCGCCGAGGUCAUCGCCCAGGAGAGUAAGGUAUUGAUGAAGGACCAACGUGGGCCGUUGCGUCAGCCGCUGACUGAGGCGAGUGUGAGUGGAUUUUCCUGGGACGCGGUUCUAGCGUGGGGGGAAGAAAAGGCCCCUAUGACCCUGGCCUGUCUUAGGGCCAUGUUCCCCAAACCCAACACCAUCAGGACACAGGUUAUGAUGGGAGCAAGGGAAAUUAAACGCCCGAGGACAGAAGAGGCGGCAGGUGAAAUGGUCAGCCAGAGAGCGGGGCUUAUCCUGGCCAUCGUCCUCUACACCUCCAUGCAGAAGUGCAACUUCAUCCAGGCCUCUCUGGGGGUCGAGUUCUGGAAACAGGGCUGUCCUCUCAGCGUGUUGAAAGCUCUCAGUGCCCUGGGGGUGUGUCCCGGUGCUGCCUCUACCAGGAGACACGCAGAGAGGCUGACAACCGGCUUUGAUCCACCUCAGCAGGACCGGACAGGGGGGGUGGUGGAGGAACCUGGGGACUCCUUUUGUAGAUCUGAGGAUGAGAGUUGGACUCUGAGUUGUUCUGAAGAGUAUCCCAGUUCCUCUCCGACCCACUCUCUGAACCCGUUCUCAGACCAAUCCCACUCCAGAGAUGGGUCCUCGUCCGAUCGGAGUUCCAGACCUGACUCCAGAUCUCGCUCCAGGUGCGAUGACUACCAAGGCCCUACUCAGAGGCCUGACUCCCGGGAGUACCAGAAUCUGAUCAAAGAACAUGGUUACCACAAAGUCCAGAAACCUACAUUGAGUCGAUGGACGAAGAACAGUGAGGACAAAAGGGAGGCAAAGGAAAAACCUGUUCAAAACCCCAAGAGAAGGAAGAUGACAAAAAAGAAACCUGCUCAAUCGCCUCCAGUAGUAAACGCAACUGGCGCGCACCGUUCAGACACGGAGACUUCUCAAGUAAGUAAGGUAAACAUGGAAGUCAUUCAAACGUCUCAAGUAGACAACACACACGUGGAACUCGUUCAAACGUCUCAAGUAGACAACACACACGUGGAACUCGUUCAAACGUCUCAAGUAGACAACACACAUGUGGAACCCGUUCAAUUGAGCGAUACAAACAAGAAACAUGCUCAUGUAAGUGAGACAAAUGUACAACCUGCUCAAAUGUCUGUAAUGAGCGAGACAAACAUGGAACAAAUUAUAAUGCCCAAAAGAGGCAGGCCAAGGAAGGAACUUGCUCAAGUAAGUAAAACAAACAUAGAACACACUCAAAGUCCACAAAUAACCGACACACACUUGGAACCUGCUCACAAGCUCAGAUGUCCAAGGAAGAAACCUGUCCAAACGCCCCAGGUAACUGACACACAAAACAAACCCAUUCAAGUAAGCAAUCCAGACAUUAAACUUGCUGAGACAAACAAAGAAUCAGUUGUACAGGCCAAGAAUGGGAGGCCAAAGAAGGGAUUUGUUCAAAUUCCACUAUUAACCGACACUUGCAUGAAACCCAUUCCGGUAAGCGAGGUAAACGCGGACACCACUUUAAUGCCCAGUAGCAUGAGAUCAAGGAAGAGACCCAGACAAGUUCCCCAAGUAUCCAACCAAGAACUAACUCAAAUGCCCGGAAUAACCCAAACCAACGAGGAACCCUCCGAAAUGCUUCCGAAAAUGGACACACGCAUGGCACCUGCUGUAACAUCUAAAAGAGGGCGGACAAGGAAGGGACCAAUUGAAAUGUCUCACGAAACCGACUUAGACACAGAAGCCGGUCUAAUGCCUCAAGCUGGUGAAAUGAAUCAGCAACGUGUCGAAGGACGGGAGAAAAAUAAAGAACCCGCUGAACCCCAAAAACUCACUGGAAAGGCUAAAGUAAAUCAGAGAAAUUGCAUGUUUGCUAGCAGAAUUGAGGGGAGUUGGGGUUUAUUCAAUCGCCUCCGACUUCUAAGAAAGCAGCCCGCCCUCCGGCCUCUCUUUUUCCGCCUCAUCUUCAUGCAGAUCACUGGGGUCGGUGUCGGGGCCUGUUCCCGCGGGAGCCAAAUAUCCUCUGCCUCGGGCUCGUCAGCGUUGUGA